AAACACACUGUGAAUUGAAUUGAAUUGAAUGACCCGUACUUCUUCAUCUACCCUAUUCGGUGAUUGUUGGUGCAAUAAAAGAGGAAAUAAAUGAAAUUCUUGUUGACUAAUUGGCCUCAAGUUUACACUUAUUUCGUGACGAGGAAUUGUGGAAAAUAUAUAUAAUCGAGAUCGAAGCAGAAAAAUCAAACACCAAAAAAAAGGGAAAGAGAUCGAUCGUUCGAUGGAGAUGAUGGUGGGACCAGGGAGGCCAUUGUUUGUGCUGUUCGGUUCAUCGAUAGUUCAGCUCAGCUUCAGCAAUGGCGGUUGGGGUGCCAUCCUCUCCGAUAUCUACGCCCGCAAAGCUGAUAUAAUUACACGAGGUUAUUACGGUUGGAAUUCUCGACGAGCUCUAAAGAUCCUUGAUCAAGUUUUUCCAAAGGAUGCUGCUGUUCAACCUUCUUUAAUUAUCGUGUAUUUUGGUGGCAAUGAUUCUAUGGGAGCUCACUCAUCGGGAUUAGGUCCUCAUGUACCUCUCCCAGAGUAUAUUGACAACAUGCGAAAAAUUGCAACCCAUCUCAAGAACCUUUCAGACAAAACACGCUUAAUAUUCCUCAGCUGCCCACCUGUCAACGAGGUUAAACUACGCGAAAACACAAGCUCGUAUUUCAGCGAGCUAGUCCGCACAAACGAGCUAUGUCGAAUAUAUUCAGAAGCUUGUAUAAACGUGUGCCAAGAGAUGGAUAUCAAGGUAAUUGAUCUUUGGACAGCCAUCCAGAAACGAGAAGACUGGUCGAACGCUUGCUUUACGGAUGGAGUACACUUGUCAGGUGAGGGAAGUAAGGUGGUUGUGGAGGAAAUACUGAAGGUGUUGAAAGAAGCCGAGUGGGAACCGAAGCUUCACUGGAAAUCAAUGGCUACUGAAUUCUCUGAGGAUUCACCCUAUGAUCUUGUUGCUUCUGAUGGAAAAACCACCAUUAAUCCCUCUGAAUGGACUUUUCACAGAGAUAUUCAAUGGGAUUGAUUUGCUCACUCACCAAUUUCUUAUAUAUAUAUAUAUAUUAUUAUUAUUUUUUCUGAAUUUUGGAUGUUAUAUAAUAGGUUGUUUUUUAAAUUUGUGCAAUUUCUUUGGACUAUAAGCCAUUUUCAGAAUUUAAAAGAAUCUAAAUUAUUUUGUUUUUAAUUUGUUGUUGGUUUGGGCCUGUUAAUUUUGAGCUUAAUUGGGCCUUGACCCAUCGCACACAAAAUAACAAAAGUGUUAGAUGCUAAUGACAACUCUGCUACAAAUUGGAUUUAUGCGUGCGAGUAGAUGGUGUGGGCCCGAGUUCGUCCUGGGCCGAUCACCAUGCAACCCUAUUGUAAGCUCCUUGUGUGUUUUUAAUACGCGUAACGCGUCUACGGCCACUCCUCGAGUAAAGCUCGAAUUACGAAAAAUCUCUCAUGUUUGGGUAAUUACAAUCACCCAUCACGUAUGUAUUGCAUUAUUUCUACUUAUUCA